AUGGCGCCGCAUAAGUCUGUGGCUGAGGUGACCCGUUCCAUCCUGCCCCAUCUGACCACUUGGAACGGCUCCUCCUCGCGCACCACCAUCACUUCUCUCCAGACCAGCGUUCUCCCAGCAAGACGCCAACGGCAACUACACACCCCGAGUCUCUCACCUUGCUCUUCCAUACGCCUCGCCAUAGCUGCCCGAGGGACUGGCGCAUCCACAUCGUCAGUGAUCGCACGGCGGUUCCCUCCAUCGAGCCACCAGGCCGCUGAGCCCCUUAGCACCCCUAUCCGAUACAAUGCUCGGAGAGCCUUCCACACGUCCGCUCCGCGUCAGCGGGAUCACCAUUUCGAUACCUUGAAGUUUGUUCGACGAUUGAAGAAUGAAGGGUUCAGCGAGGAACAGGCCGUUGCUAUGAUGAGGGUUCUGGAUGAUGUUAUCCAGGAAUCCAUUCAGAACUUGACCCGGACUAUGGUUCUUCGAGAAGAUACCGAAAGAUCCGCCUACACUCAGAAAGUCGACUUCGCCAAGCUCCGCUCCGAACUCCUAAACACAGACUCUACCGAAGCGCAGCUAACUCGCUCAUCGCAUGAGAAGAUUGCCGCCGAUCUCGCCAAACUCAAUUCCCGUCUCCGUGAUGAGAUCGGGCGCACUCAAGCGUCGGUGCGUCUUGACCUAAACCUCGAGAAAGGUCGGAUCCGGGAAGAAGCGAAUGGACAGGAAAUGCGUAUAAAGGAGACUGAAACACGGAUUGAACAAGAGGUGGCUGGCUUACGAGAGCGCGUGGAGGCCGUGAAGUUUUCCACGCUACAAUGGCUCAUGGGUGUCUGCACCGGUACCGCUGCUAUGAUUCUUGGUGCCUGGCGUCUUUUUAUGUAACCCGCUGUCGGCGCCCAUUAAUCCCCCCCCUUCCUCCUUUUCUUUCUUCUU